GAAGCCGUGUUCGUGCGAAGGAUCGGCUUUUCGGACAGGGGGGGAGGCAGCCCGGGACAGCCUCCCCACCCCGCCCCGCAAGACUCCCCGAAAGGGCCCUUAAGGCUAGCGCUUAACGCUGAGAAUCAAGGGAUCAUUCAAAGCGCCAGAUUUGGUUCCGUUUUUGAGUACCGCCUCGAUUCAUUUCCUGCCGAAGUUAACUGUUGGACUAGCAACGUCGGAAGCCAGCAAAGGGGGGCAGAACAGAAGCGGGGAGAUCCGGCAGGGAGCUUCGGCGCUGGGACCCCGCGGAUGACGACCUCAGCAGCUUCCCUUUCCAGCGCUCAAGUCCCUCCGGCACCCUUCACCGACUUUCUCCGCCGCCGCCCAGCUGAUCGGGGCUGGCUCCACCCUUCGGCGUCCAAAUCCGGAUGGGGCUCCCGAGGGCGAUCUUGGGGCUUCUGGCCGCGGCGGCCGUCCUGUUGCUGCGGGAAGGAUGCGCAGGCUCUCCCUCACACUCUCUGCAUUAUUACUACCUGGAAGUGCCAGAGCCCAGCCAGGGGCUGCCCCGGUUCGUCAUUAGGGGCUACUUGGAUGACCAGCCCAUCACUCAGUAUGACAGCCUCACUGGGACAGUGGAGCCUCUGGUGUCCUGGAUGGAGGAGGCGGAGAAGAAGACGUAUCUGGCCCUUGACUUGGUGAUCAGUCCUGACCUGAUGAAGUUGUCAGAACUCAACCACCCGACUGAAGGGCUUCACAUCUGGCAGGUGAUUUUGGGCUGUGACGACAGGAACAAAGGAGGGGUUUUCCGCUAUGGCUACAAUGGGAGCGACUUCAUCAGCUUUGAGAAUGAGACCUGGGUGACAGCUCAACCCCAGGCCGAGAAGGUCAAGGAGAAGUGGGUGGGUGAUCCAGAUUGGUCCCAGAUAAGUAAAGACUACUUGGAGAAGAUCUGCAUUGAAUGGCUGAAGAAAUACCUGUCCUACAGGAAGAAGGCUCUGGAGUCCACAGAAAAUCCGAGGAACUCCUCUGGUGUUGCUGUUUCUGCAGAGCCCCCAGUGGGGAAGGUGAUCCACAAGGAGGUGAAUGACAGCCUGGAGGUCUUCAUCUGCCAGGCCGUUGGCUUCUACCCCAAGGAGAUCCAGGCCACCUGGACCAGGGAUGGAGAGGCCUGCCAGGACGAGACCCUCCAUAGGAACGUAGCCCCCAACUCAGAUGGGACCUAUUAUCUCUGGCUCAGCAUUAAGAUCAACCCCAAGGAGAGGGACCGUUUUCGGUGUCACCUGGAGCACGAGGGCUUGCAGGAGCCCCUGGACUUGGCUUUCAAGGAGGAAAGAGCUACAGGGUGGCAGAUUCCUGUGGGAAUUGUAGUAACCGUAGUGUUGGCACUUGGGAUUCUCUUCCUGAUAUGCUGGUGCUGGAGACGUAUGACAACUGUCUGUCAGAAAACAAAAUCUUCGCCUGACAAUUCUCUAUUAGAAGUACAUUCUUCUUCCCCUACUUCUGGCAGAGAAGAAAAUGAGAGGCUAUUACAAUCGUCACCCCAAUCCAAAAUAACUUUAGAUGACAGGACAUCCUAUGGAUGGUGGAAUCCCCAGAGAGCUGUGGGGGACUCUGUGUCAACCUUGCACAGGCGAGAAGGGAAGCAGCCUCCACGCAGAAGAUCCUCAUUGGAGUCCCUGGACAAAGCGGGAGCAACAGUGAGAAUAGAUGGAGCAAGAGUGGCCAAAAUUGGAGGAAAGAUUAAAAGUUUCAGCGCAUGAAUAGGCAUAGCAAGUCAAAAUUCCUAGAGGAAGAGGGCUAAUAACUUCAAGCAGCCUCAGGGGUCCUGGCUGCCACCACCAGGGAGGCCCUAACAUCAACAC